AAAGCUUUUCUCCCACGUGUGUGUUAGUGUCAGUGAAGUCAACAGAAUUCUGUUAGCUGUAGUAGUUAACUUAUUUUAUUCGUGUGACGUUGUAUUAUUCUUCCUUUAUUCCCUGCACGAGCUUUGCUUUUCGCAUGCCGUUAUUUGCACUUCCCAUUUCACAUAGACUGUAUUGAGCUUCUUUCUAGCCGUAUUCUUUGGUACAAUUGUAAAACAUUCUUCUCGCACGACGCUUCCGCCCUCUGCUCGGUGACAUUAUGGGCCGUAAGAACCGUCGGAACCGUCAUAAAAAUCAACAAAGAAGUACCGAGCUGCUGAGCCCGGCCGAAGAGGAAGCACGGCGCCGGGCCCGUGAGCAAGCGGCCUGGGAAGGUGGCUACCCAGAAAUAAUAAAGGAAAACAAGCUAUUUGAACAUUACUACCAGGAGCUAAAGAUUGUCCCAGAUGGAGAAUGGGAGCAGUUUAUGUCUGCUUUGCGAGAACCCCUUCCAGCCACUAUACGAAUCACAGGAUACAAAAGCCAUGCCAAAGAAAUUCUUCAUUGUCUCAAAGACAAAUACUUCAAAGAAUUACAAGACCUAGAGGUUGAUGGUCAGAAAUUAGAAGCGCCUCAGCCGCUAAGCUGGUAUCCAGAAGAGCUUGCCUGGCAUACAAACCUGAGCAGGAAGAUCAUCCGUAAAUCCCCAGAACUGGAAAAGUUUCAUCAUUUUCUUGUCAGCGAAACUGAAUCUGGCAACAUUAGCCGUCAAGAGACAGUCAGUAUGAUUCCUCCUGUCCUUCUCAAUGUUCAGCCUCAUCACAAGAUUCUGGAUAUGUGUGCUGCUCCAGGAUCUAAAACCGCACAACUUAUUGAAAUGUUACAUGCUGAUAUGAACGUUCCUUUCCCUGAGGGUUUUGUAAUUGCUAAUGAUGUUGACAACAAGCGCUGCUACCUUUUAGUCCAUCAAGCAAAGAGACUGAAUAGUCCUUGCAUUAUGGUGGUUAACCAUGAUGCUUCCAGCAUCCCUCGUCUCUUGGUGGAAAACAAUGGAAAUAAAGAAGUCCUGUUUUAUGACAGAAUACUAUGUGAUGUACCAUGCAGUGGAGAUGGAACUUUGAGGAAAAACAUAGAUGUUUGGAAGAAAUGGACAACAUUAAACAGCUUGCAGCUGCAUGGCCUACAGCUUAGAAUUGCCACUCGUGGUGUUGAACAGCUGGCAGAAGGUGGCCGUAUGGUUUAUUCUACAUGUUCUCUGAAUCCUGUUGAAGAUGAAGCAGUUAUCGCCUCACUCUUGGAAAAAAGUGAAGGGUCUUUAGAGCUUGCUGAUGUAUCCUCAGAACUUCCUGGUUUGAAGUGGAUGCCUGGGAUCAACCACUGGAAGGUGAUGACAAAAGACGGGCAGUGGUUUGAGAAUUGGGGAGAUGUGCCUCAAAGCAGGCACACUCAGAUUCGGCCAACAAUGUUUCCCCUAAAAGAUGAAGAAAAAAUGAAAUCAUUUAAUCUUAAUCGCUGCCUUCGCAUAUUGCCGCAUCAUCAAAACACUGGAGGUUUUUUUGUUGCUGUGUUAAUAAAGAAGGCACCAAUGCCAUGGAAUAGAAGACAACCAAAGGUGCAGCGCAGAGGUACUGCGGUGUUGGAUAAGAAGGUGAAUGCUGAUACUUCUGAGACUGUGGAAACUGUUACAGAAACUAAUACAGAAAUUAUAACUGAAGCACCUUUAGAUUCAGAGAAUAGUGAACCUAAACAGAGUACUAUUUCUGAGACAGAUUCAAAUAAAAAAGAAAGUGUGUGUGGCCCUCCUCCGGCCAAAAAAAUGAAAUUGUUUGGAUUUAAAGAAGAUCCUUUUGUGUUCCUUGCUGAAGAUGAUCCAGUUUUUCUUCCUAUUGAGAAAUUCUAUGGACUUCCUCCAUCUUUCCCAAAGAUGAACCUGCUAACUCGAACCCAGGAAGGGAAGAAGAGGCAGCUAUACAUGGUCUCUAAAGAGUUAAGGAAUGUUCUACUUCAUAACAGUGAAAAGAUGAAGGUUAUUAACACUGGUAUAAAAGUACUUUGCAGGAAUAAUGAUGGAGAACAGUACGGUUGUGCUUAUAGGCUAGCCCAAGAGGGUAUAUAUACUCUUUAUCCAUUCAUCAAUUUACGAAUUGUAACUGUAUCUAUAGAAGAUAUAAAAAUCCUGCUUACCCAAGAAAACCCUUUCUUAACUAAAUUUAGCAGUGAGACUCAGAAGCAGACUAAAGAUUUAGUUAUGGGAAGUAUUGUGCUUAAAUAUGAGCCUGAUCCACAGAAACCUGACACUCUUCAGUGCUCCAUUGUUCUGUGUGGCUGGCGUGGGAAAACUUCUAUUCGUUCUUUUGUUCCAAAGAACGAGAGACUCCAUUACCUGAGAAUGAUGGGGGUAGAAGUAUUUAAAGAUAAAAAGGAAACCUCUGAAAACUUGUCUGCUGAAAGUGAGGUCUCCACAGACCGUCAAGAUGAGGACAUUAGUAGUGUGAAAGAGGACUGUGAUGUUCAACAGGGAAAUCUGGAUAUAGAUGCUAAUGAAGGGCUCUCGGAAGGUAAUAUGAGGCCUGCGGAUUUGGACCAAGAAAAAAAUAAAGAUGUUUCUUCCAAGGACUGCUCAAAUGGUGCUGUUGAGAGUAAAGAUGAAAUACUAAAAGAAUGAUUGAAUUUGUGACUGUUUAAGUAUAUUCAUGUAUGGUCCUGUAUAUUUUUAUGGAGAGCAAAUUAAUGUUUAACCUUAUGAUUUGUUAAAAAUAAUACCUUGAUGACCAUUUUUAUUUUCUAAAAUUCCAUAAAGUAAAGAUGUAACACAGAUAAUUUUUUUUUUUUUUUAAAUAAAGGCUUUACAAACAUUUUA